AAGGGUUGCAAUAUUUUAUUUUUAUUAUCAUUUUUCAACAUAUUUACAUGUUUUCGUUGAUACUUAUGAACACUUGUAAGAAAAUUAACCUCGUAUUUCUUCUUACACAAUUUCAAAUAAUACGAGACUGACUUCUGUUAGUUUAUGGCAUUAUUUAUGGUAAAAUAAUGUUCUAGUAAACAAUUAACAAUUUAAAAUUUUAAAUAGUAAGGCGUGUUUAGUACCCCAGAAUCUUAAUAAAAAUGUAUUGCACUGUAUCGCAUUGAUACUGAACACUCUACAACAUUUUCACAUGGAGUGAACAAUGAAAAACGUGGGAUAUGACAUAACAUUUCUUAUAUUUUUCACAUGUAGAGCUUCGCGGUUCUCCUUAGCUAUUGCUAUAAUCGUAUUAAGUCUCGAUAUGCAUUUCUACAACCAAGAAAGAAACUGUCGCCACGGAGCCAAGCCCUGCUUCGGAAUCUAUUAACUGCUCGUUUAAUCAAAUAUAUUGCUUUUUAUGGAAGCCUAAAUUCGAAUACCAAGAUUACUACACGCCCCGCAUUCCGACCAUAUCCUGAGGCAUAUGAAGUCAGUCCAUAACCUCAGUCUCCAUUUAAUUAGUGUCAAUUUUAAUAUUAUUAUUCCACUAAAAUUUAGGUCUCCAAAAUGGUCUCUACCUUUCGGGUUUUUCGACAGAAAUGUCGCAUUCCUUGCCUCUGCUAUGUGUACUACACGCCCCACCCAUCUCAUCCUCCUUAAUUUUAUCACCUGAGAAAAAAUUACGAUUAUAAAGCUGCGAUUUGUGUACUUUUACACAUUCUUCGGCAGGACCAAAUAUUUUUCUUAGUUCCGUGUUGUCAGACACUCUCAGUUGAUAAGCAAGCAUGUCAAUAAGAAGAAAACCCUGUUAUAACAAUGUACUGUUUUUCAGGAAAUGGAAGUAAAGCAAGGAAGCUGCUGUUCUCUGCGAGAUAGCAAGUGCAUGUGCACCGAAGCGUUGUCUUAUCUGAGUGGCUUGAGAGAAAAGAAAACUCUGUGUGACGCGGUGUUGAAGUUGGAAGAUGGUAGAGAUUUUCCUGUCCACAGAGUGAUUCUCUCGAUGUGUAGCGAAUAUUUCAGGAACCUCUUCGGUACGACACUGCACGCCGACGAGCAGACUGACGUUCUCCUGCACGGAGUCAGCUCGGAUAUCAUGGAUCAGAUACUGGGUUACAUUUAUACAAAGAAGGUAGACAUUAAUCAUGAAAACGUGUGUCAGCUGCUCUUAACGUCCGACUACCUGCGUGUGCUAGGCGUUAUUGAACUCUGCUGUCAGUUUCUGCAGAACACGUUGGACCUUGAUAAUUGCAUCGGGAUCAUGCGUCUCGCAAGGUGUCACUUUUGCGUCGACCUUGAAUCUCACGCUCGUCGUUACGUUUUGCGCCACUUCGCUCAGUUGUAUCAGCAGAGCGAAGAAGUGCCGGAACUACCAGUAGAGGAGCUGCAGACGAUUAUUGGGGCGGAAGAACUGAACGUGAAUGACGAGAAAGACGCGUGGGACUGCAUGAUCCGGUGGAUCGACCACGACGCAGAAAACAGAAAAGAACACACAGCAGAGCUCAUGAAGAACGUUAGGUUGGGACUGCUUGACGAAAAUUUCUUCCUCGAAGAGGUAAGACAUCACCCAUAUGUUAGAGAAAAUGAUGCAUGCAAACCCGUUAUCAUCGAGACGCUGAAGUUUCUGGAGGAGUCAGAAACAAUCUUGGCGUACGACGGGGAAUAUCGGACUCCGAAGUUUGCCAUCCCGCGAAUCCCUCAUGACAUUAUCUUUGUUAUUGGAGGAUGGACCACGGAAAUUGUCACUGAUUCGAUCGAAACAUACGACACGCAGGCAGACCGAUGGAUUAAGAUGGAAGAGGGAGACCCGAUGGGACCGCGAGUCCACCAUGGCAGCGCAGUAGUCGGUUAUAACAUUUACGUCAUCGGUGGUUUUGACCGCUUUAAAUCCUUGAACUCAGUCAGCUGCUUCAACGCAGUUACAAAGAAAUGGCGCGAGGUGGGGCCCAUGAAUGACCGCAGAGCGUACGUCAGUGUGGCAGUGCUCGGGGGUCUGGUGUACGCUGUUGGUGGCUACACUGACAAGCGUCGACAUAGAACGGCCGAGCGAUACGACUACAGGAGGAACCAAUGGUCGAUGAUCGCUUCUAUGAACACGCGGCGAUCUGACGCAAGUGCGACUGCACUCAAUGAUAAAAUCUACGUCGUUGGUGGAAUGAAUGGCCAAGAAUAUUUGGCCUCAGCAGAGGUGUAUGACCCACAGACGAACGAAUGGACAAACAUUUCACCGAUGUCUUCCCCACGCAGCGGCCUGUCUUGCGUCGCUUUCCAGGGCAGUGUGUACGCCGUAGGAAGUGCCAACCAAGUCUACCUAUGGAAGAUUUCAACCUGUUCUUCGAUCAAUCGUACCGGUCCAAUAUUGUCUGCAUUAACUGCUGGAAAAUAUUCGAAUUUAAUUGUUUAUGAUUUAUUCGGUAUUGACUGACGUGAGAGUAUCUAUACAAUCCGUUUAAUUUAUGUUCCAUUAAUAAAGUAAUAAAUAAACGAUAAUUCAAUCGAUCGAUCAUAGUCCAAAUUAAUGUCCAGAUCAGUGUGUGCCCAC